GGAGCUGGGGGACAGGGGAGGCCGAACCCGGGAGAAGCAGGAAGUAGCGGCGGCCGCGGCCGGAGCCCGGGGUACAGGUCGAGGGGGGUCCCGAACCCGCAAUUGGGAACAGAAACAAUUUGGUACCCCUGUCCCCCACCCCCACCCUGGUCCGUGCAAUGCCAUCCGCCACCUGCUGGGAUUAUCUCCAGUUACAGUCUGAAGGCUGGAAAGAGGUGUGGACCUGUCGUUAUGGGGGAUAUGAAGACCCCUGAUUUUGACGAUCUUCUUGCUGCCUUUGAUAUCCCUGACAUUGAUGCCAACGAAGCCAUUCACUCUGGGCCUGAAGAAAAUGAGGGGCCAGGGGGCCAAGGAAAGCCAGAAGCCAGUGUGAGAGGUGACUCUGAAGAGGCAGCAGCAUCUGGGGGUGACCCCACGGUUCCAGCCCAGGCCUCGGAUGAUGGCCUGCCACCACCGCCAGACACUUCCACAGUCAGCGUCAUCGUCAAGAAUACCGUGUGUCCUGAGGAGUCCGAGACCCUGGCUGGCGAUUCAGGAGGGGAAGGAACUAAGCCCGAGGAUGUAACUCAGGAAGGGCCGGUGGCACCUUGUUUGAUGCAAAAUGGAUUUGGGGGCCCCGAGUCAUCCCUUCCAGAAACCCCCCAUUCUCCAGCUCCUGUAAGUGGGGGUGCUUGGAAGGAAAAAUCCAUGGAAGGCAAAGCUCCUUUGGACCUCUUUACUCACUUUGGGCCUGAGCCAGGAGAACACCCAGACCCCCUGCCGGCUCCAGAGCCCUCUUCCCCUCAGGGUGGAGCCAUGACCCCACCUCCUUUCACCUCUCCCUUUGAGCUGGCCCCUGAAAACGGCCCAGCUCUGCUGCCUGCUGGUUCUCUUCCCCCAGUAGCAGCCUCGAAGCAGGGCAGCGGCAGCCCCCAGCAGGGCUCUCGUUCUAGCACCGAGGCCGUAAGCAUCCCUGGCCGCAGCUCACCUCCCGCGAUGGCUGGCAUGCCCUUCUUCAAGCAGUCUCCAGAGCACCAGAGCCCUCCUGCCUCUCCUAAGGUGGCCAGCUGUAAGCCCCUGAAAGAAGAAGAGGGAACAGUGGACAAGUCUCCCCCCAGGAGCCCCCAAAGCCCCUCUAGUGGAGCCGAGGCUGCGGAUGAGGACAGCAACGACUCUCCUACCUCCCACAGCUCCUCUAGGCCCCUCAAGGUGCGGAUCAAGACCGUCAAAACGUCCUGCGGGAACAUCACAAGGACAGUGACCCGCGUCCCCUCGGACUCUGAUCCUCCUGUCGCCUUGGCUGAGGGGACCUUCCUGGCGGACACUAGCCUCCUGAAGCUGUCCCCUGUAACCCCAACCCCUGAGGGUCCAAAGGUGGUGAGUGUCCAGCUGGGUGACGGCACAAGGCUGAAAGGCACAGUGUUGCCUGUGGCCACCAUCCAGAACGCCAGCACCGCCAUGCUGAUGGCGGCCAGUGUGGCCCGCCGAGCUGUAGUUCUGCCUGGGGGUGCUGCCAGCCCCAAGACUGUGAGUAAGAGCGUGUUAGGUCUGGUGCCUCAAGCCUUGCCCAAGGCUGAGGUGCGGGCAGGGCUGGGCACAGGGGGGCAGAAGGUGAAUGGUGCCUCGGUGGUGAUGGUACAGCCUUCUAAGCCUGCCAUUGGGCCAGGCACAGCAGCAGGCGGCACGGUGAUCUCCCGGACCCAGUCCAGCUUGGUGGAGGCCUUCAACAAGAUCCUCAACAGCAAGAACCUGCUGCCUGCCUACAGACCGAACCUGAGCCCACCGGCCGAGGCCGGACUGGCCCUGCCUCCGACUGGCUACCGCUGCCUCGAGUGCGGGGACGCCUUCUCGCUGGAGAAGAGCCUGGCCCGGCACUACGACCGCAGGAGCAUGCGCAUCGAGGUCACCUGCAACCACUGUGUCCGCCGCCUGGUGUUCUUCAACAAGUGCAGUCUGCUCCUGCACGCGCGGGAGCACAAGGACAAGGGGCUUGUCAUGCAGUGCUCACACCUGGUCAUGCGGCCCGUGGCCCUUGACCAGAUGGUGGGGCAGCCGGACAUCACGCCCUUGCUGCCUGUGGCCGUCCCACCUGCCUGUGGACCUCUGGCCUUGCCUGUUCUGGGCAAGGCCGACAGUGACGGGGCCGUUACCUCCUCUGCCAUCGCUACUACAGUUGCCACAGAGGCCCCCGUGCCACCGCUCACCACGGAGCCGCCCGCGGCCACGGCCACCUCUGUUUACACGUGCUUUCGCUGCCUGGAGUGCAAGGAGCAGUGCCGGGACAAGGCUGGCAUGGCUGCCCACUUCCAGCAGCUGGGUCCCCCGGCACCCGGGUCCGCCAGCAAUGUGUGCCCGUCCUGUCCCAUGAUGCUCCCCAACCGUUGCAGCUUCAGUGCCCACCAGCGCACACAUAAGAACCGACCCCCCCACGUCUGUCCUGAGUGUGGCGGCAACUUCCUGCAAGCCAAUUUCCAGGCCCAUCUGCGAGAGGCCUGUCUGCAUUUUUCUCGCCGUGUGGGAUACAGGUGCCCAAGUUGUGCGGUGGUGUUUGGGGGCGUGAACUCCAUCAAGUCCCACAUCCAGGCGUCACACUGCGAAGUUUUCCACAAGUGCCCCAUCUGCCCGAUGGCCUUCAAGUCUGCCCCCAGCGCCCAUGCCCACCUCUACUCCCAACAUCCCAGCUUCCUCACACAGCAAGCCAAGCUCAUCUACAAGUGCGCCAUGUGUGACACAGUCUUCACUCAUAAACCCCUCCUGUCUUCACACUUUGACCAGCACUUGCUGCCCCAGCGUGUCAGUGUCUUUAAGUGCCCAUCUUGUCCCUUGCUCUUUGCCCAAAAAAGGACCAUGCUGGAACAUCUCAAGAGCACCCAUCAGUCUGGACGUUUAGGGGAGGAGACUGCUGGGAAAGGGUCUGGUGGUGCCCUACUGACCCCCAAGACUGAGCCGGAAGAGGUGGCUGUGACUCAGGCAGAGGCUGCCCCUGCUGUGGAGGAGUCCUCUUCGUCUUCAGAAGAGGAGCUCCCCAGCUCCCCUGAGCCCCCCCGCCCAAGCAAACGGCCCCGCCGGGAACUGGGGAGCAAAGGCAUCAAAGGUGGGGGUGGGGGGCCUGGGGGCUGGACCUGUGGCCUCUGUCACUCCUGGUUCCCUGAGCGGGAUGAGUACGUGACUCACAUGAAGAAGGAGCAUGGCAAGUCAGUGAAGAAGUUUCCCUGUCGCCUGUGUGAGCGCUCCUUCUGCUCGGCCCCCAGCUUGAGACGCCACGUCAGGGUCAACCAUGAGGGGAUCAAGAGAGUUUACCCAUGCAGGUAUUGCACGGAGGGAAAGCGCACCUUCAGCAGUCGGCUGAUCCUGGAGAAACACGUCCAGGUCCGGCAUGGCCUGCCCCUGGGUGCCCAGUCCCCUCCUGGCCGAGGGAGUACCCUGACUCGAGGCCCUGGUACCAGAGCCCAGGGGCCAGGACGGAAGCGCCGCCAGUCUUCGGACUCCUGCAGUGAAGAGCCCGACAGUACCACACCGCCUGCCAAGUCCCCCAGGGGUGGCCCUGGCUCGGGGGUCCACGGUCCCCUGCGCUACAGGAGCAGCAGCUCAGCGGAACAAAGCCUCAUGGUGGGGUUGAGGGUGGACGGUGGCACUCAGCAGUGCCUCGACUGUGGCUUGUGCUUUGCGUCCCCGGGCUCCCUGAGCAGGCACCGUUUCAUUAGCCACAAGAAGAGACGCGGCGGGGGUAAAGCCAGUGCCCUGGGUCUGGGGGACGGGGUGGACGAGACCCUUCCCUCACGGUCUGAUCCAGAGGGCGGAGAUUCACCCCUGCCUGCUUCUGGAGGUCCACUGACAUGUAAGGUCUGUGGCAAGAGCUGUGAUAGCCCGCUCAACCUCAAGACCCACUUCCGAACCCACGGCAUGGCGUUCAUAAGGGCCCGGCAGGGAGGCAGUGGGGACAAUUAGGCCCUGGGCAUAGACUGACUGUCCUGUCCUCCCCAGACACCUGGGUUUCACUGCUGCUGCCACUUAGCCCAUGGCUGGGGAGUUUAAACAGUCACCUCAUUCCUCCCCCCAACCCUGGAAGCAGAGGCUGUUGAGAAAUUCUAGUGAUUUGCACCCCGCCCCCCACUCCUGCCUGAACCCACACUGAUUCCGCUUCUGCUGCAGCUCCCGGUGCUCCUGGGUGGGAGGGCAGAACCCUGGUAAUGGCUAGAUGGCACCGGGCCCUGGGUGUACCCCUCUGCAGUUCCUUUAGGCACAGACCAGGAUCUCCUCCUUGGGCCAGGCCCUGCUCUAGGACGCCCCUCAUUGGCACUCAAGCCCCCCAUCCCUGCAGUGCCUUCCAUUUGUCUUUCCCCAGAAAUCCGGGGGUGGGGGCUGGUGGGGAUGGGUUCUGACAAGGGGGCUCUUCAGGGAGGAGAGGCCAGGCUCUCAGGAACCCUGUGCUGUGGUGGUAACGCUGACAGUGGGAGGAGGAGGAGAAUCCAGACCAUUAAAAAUUUGUGGUUUAAUCCCUA